CGGUCAUCACUCCACCUCCCUCGGGUGUAACAUUAUAACCUUUGUGCCAGAACGAAGUUGAAGUGUUUCCCUUUUCCUCGGUAUUAGAGGACAUCCACAAAAUAAAAUGCAACGUGCAACACUCAUUUUCUCCAGGAGAAUGGCAUCUCUGAGCCAAGCCAGGAUGUCAGGUGAGGCAGGAUCUGGUGCUGGAAAGGGUGGCGGUGGUGGUGGAGCCAUCCGCAGCGCUGGGGGCUCCUUUGGGAAGAUGGAAGCCGCACAUGAGGACCAAUACUUCUACAAUCAGCAAAAAGAACAACUGAAGAACUUGAGGGAGGGUCUUCACGACGAGAUUUCCUUCCACGAGGAGCAGAUAAAGCGUCAUCAGGAGGCCAUCAAUCGCCACAAGAGGAGAAUCGAUGAUAUGGAGCACAAGUAAAGGGAUCCAACGUUCAUUUCGUCCGGAGCUCGGCGAUGGGCACCAGGAGCGUUUCUAUGAUUAGAACUACGAUAUCAUUUAACGAUAGUGUGCAUCCUGAGCCCCAGAUUGUGGCUAAUAUUUUUCUUUUUUUUAUCAUGCGUAUAUGUUGUUACAGUGUAGGAAUAAAUUUUUGAUUUUGAAAAAAGGGAA